AGGCGGGGUCGGGCGCGUCAGCCGGCAGGCCGGCUGUCCACGGCGGCGCCGGGGACUGGGGCCGCCGCCGCCGCGCGCGGGGUGAGGACGCGUGCGAUGGAGGAGACACCGCCCCCAGUGCAAGCCGGCAGCAAGCCGCACCUUGAGAAAUUGACCCUGGGCGUCACUCGCAUCCUGGAAUCAUCCCCAGGUGUCACAGAGGUGAGCAUAAUAGAAAAGCUGCCCGCUGAACGUCACAUGAUUUCUUCAUGGGAACAGAAAAACAAUUGUGUGAUGCCUGAGGAUGUGAGAAACUUCUACUUGAUGACCAAUGGUUUUCACAUGACCUGGAGUGUGAAGCUAGAUGACCACAUUAUUCCACUGGGAAGCAUGGUUAUAAACGGCAUUUCUAAACUGACCCAGCUCAUCCAGUCCUCUGUGUACUCACUCCCUAAUGCACCGACCCUGGCCGACCUAGAGGAUGACACUCAAGAAGCUUCUGGAAGCGAGAUAGAAGCAGAAGAGAAAACAAAGGAAAAUUUCAUGAAGGAAAUUACAGGGUCAUGCAAUGAAGACCACCAGCUAGAGAAGCCUCACUUUGACUGCCGCAGUGCAAUAUUUGAGCUGGAUUCAUGCAAUGGGAAUGGGAAAGUUUGCCUCGUCUAUAAAAACGGGAAACCUGGAUUAGCUCAUGACACUGAGAUAUGGUUCCUGGACAGAGCAUUAUAUUGGCAUUUUCUCACAGAUACCUUUACCGCCUAUUACCGCCUGCUCAUCACCCACCUGGGCCUGCCCCAGUGGCAAUACGCCUUUACCAGCUAUGGCAUUAGCCCACAGGCCAAGCAAUGGUUCAGUAUGUACAAACCCAUCACCUACAACACAAGCCUGCUCACAGAAGAGCCCGACACCUUUGUCAACAAGCUGGACCCCAGCAAAGUAUUCAAGAGCAAGAACAAGAUUUUAGUCCCAAAAAAGAAAGGGCCUGUGCAGCCUACCAGUGGGCCGAAAGGGCCUGGGCCCUUAGCGCCUCCUACCUCUAAGCCUUCCACAGGCUCUGGAAACCCUGUCCGAAAAUAAGCAUUCUGUCACCUCCCAUCAGUAAUAUCCAGGCCCUGACGGCCCUGUGGCGGCCCCACCCUCAAACAGGUGUCGCAUUCUCCUGAGUGACCAAAGCCUUAGGCCUCUGCUCCCACUGUCCUUAGCCAGGAGUGCGGAAGAGCACACCGAAUUCUCCCCAGGAGUCCCUUCCUUUGUAGGUUGUGACAACCUCGUCUCCAAAACCAAUGAAGACUUUCAGAUGUACCUAGAGCUUUGUUAUGUCUGUACCCAAUCCUUUACUUCUUAGCAGUAAUUAGAGCGGUCACCCUCCCCAAUAAACCCAUGGUUUGACUCAUGUAGCAUCAAUAUCAACUAGUCAUGUGAUCAUCUCAGUUAUGAAAAUUUAACACCUUCAGUUGCAUUAGCCAUACUUCAGGUAUGCACCUGAUAGUAGAGUCCAUAUUGGACAGAACAGAAAGGGGAACGUUGCUGUCAUAGAAGUGUUUUGGACAACAUUGCACGUAAACACUUUCAUACUGUCCUUCAGAUACGAUAAUGUUAUAACACCUUAGCUUCAUGGGCUUUAUGUUUUGAGAAAACACUUUCAAAGACACACAGUCUGUGUUUUUUACAACCCUUACCACAAACACCAUUGCACUUGAGUCAUUUUUUUAAAUUUGCUAUAAAUACCAUGUUCCUGAUCAGUUUGCUAUGAGGAGUUUUGUUUCCAGCUUUGCAUCUAUGUCUCUACAUUGCCAAAAUCAUCUUUAAAAGAGAUCCACCCCUGCUGUGUUUUAUCUGUUAAUUCCUGGGCAUCAUUUGCAGAUAAAGCCAGUCUGUUAAGAAUUUCCAGCUAUUCUGCUUAUUCACGGUUGGGUACUGUCUCUCCCAACUUACGUCUACACAGUAGCCUCCCCAGGUCAGUGUGGGGUCCCAAGAGGACUUUGUAAGUAAGUGUCCUUUUCAAAAGGUAUUUUCCCAUAGAAACAUGAUAGUAUUAGACACUGAGCCAUCCCACAGGGUUAUCAUAUAUUAGGCAUAUAACAGAAUUUUUCUGAUUUUUAGUUAAGAAUACCUGUUCCUUUCUCUGCAGGAGUUCUUGAUGGCUGUAAUUUUUGUAAUGAUAUUCCAGAGGUAGAACAAAGAGUUCUGAGGAGGGACAGACUGCACACUCCCUCUCUGCUUGGCCAGCCUACUCUUUGCUUUUCUAUCUUGGUGGUUGUCAGGGCUUCUCUUUCCCGGUAUGUGAUGGGAGCGAGAAGUCCCUGUCGUUUUCUACCUGUACUUCUCCUACACACUUUGAAUGUUUAGUGGAGAUUUUAAAUUCUUGUCUUGGGGGCUGGAAGGAUGGCUCAUCAGUUAGGAGCAGGGACUACUCAUGCAGAGCACCCGAUUCACGUGGCAGCGUCCAUCUGAAGCAGCUGGCGGCCCCUGGAACUCCAACUCCAGGAGACUCCGCAUGCUCUCGGGCUUCCCCAGGCACCUAUGCACACACAUAAGGAAAUAAAAAUAUUUGAAAAAC